UAAACACGACCGUUCAAAUGCAGUCUGGGACACGAUUAACACUUAGCUUAAGUAGCCUAUUGUACAUCAUCUAAAUACAACAAAAUAUUAGAAGACGUUUUAAAACAAGUCAUCCUUACAGACUAGCAGCUCAACUAACCUCAACCGUUAAGAUUUUUUCUACUGUCAGCGUCGCUCUAUUGUUUUCCUAAUGGAAUCACUGCAAACCCGGGGUGCAUGUUGGUCUUUUCUAAAGGAGGAUGAAGCCUGUGUGAUGGAGGCAGCCGUUCGGACUGCGGUCAUGUCAAUAAUGAAGGUUUUUAGCGAGCUGAAUGAUAAAAGAUGUGAGUUUUAUCAGCUGAAAUUAGCCGAGGCUGAGAGACAAAACGCAGCGCUUCAGUUUCAGUUAAAUGAAGCCAGGCAGGAGCUGCACAGUUCACGACAAACUGUUUCCAACAUCCCUAAUGAUCCGAUUUCAUCCGAGGCGACUUUUACCUUCUCAUUCAGCCCUGAUUUCAGCUGCUCUCAUGUUGCUGGUGGAAAAAGAGAAGAAGCAGCCAGGUCGUCGGAAAGUGUGUGUGAGAGGAUAGCGGUGGGUCCGGAGUUAAAGGAAGAGCCUCUUUACGAAAGCACGUUGUGCGUAAAGACUGAAGUGGUGGAUGAGAACUGUACAGUGCACUGUGAUCCACCUCCUACUGAACAUGUGGAUCACAUCCACCUACACACUGUCGACAUCCAGAGAUGUGAAGCACUUAACAGCUUCAGCCAGGCACUUCAACACGAUGCAACCCUAAGCACAAUAGAGAAAAGGAGGUUAUUAGGUAUGGAGAAGAUGAGACGAUACAGAGAAAAGAUUCGUGCUGAUCCUCAGAAAUACAAUGCCUGGAAGGAGAAGGAACGAUUAAGUUAUAUGCGCAGGAAAAAGAGCAUCCAGGAUCUUUCUGAGCCCAUAAAGGAGUUGAAGAGGAAAGCUUGGAGAGAGGCUGCCAGGCGCCACAGAGCCAGAAAGAUGUCACAAAGGACUAUCUCUAAUCCCUACAUGAUGCAGGCAACCAACCAAUGACCAGUGCACCAUAACUAAUGACUGUUAUACAUCACCCAUAACUAUGCAUACAAGUUUUGGCUGAACCAAAAAGGGGCAUUCAGAGACUUGCUUUUCAGCCACUCCAGUGUUGUUUUGGCUGUGUGCUUUAAGUUGUGCAUUGUUAUUUGCCAGAUCAAAGAGUAACAUUUUCAUCCCAUCAGACCAGAGACUUUUUUUCUUUGCUUGGUUUAGCAAAGCCAAGUAGGCUGUCAUAUGCUUUUUAAUUGACAGUGGCUUCUGUACUGUCACUUGGCCCUGAAGUUCUGAUUUAUGGAAUGCUGCAGAAAUGGCUGUCUAAAAGAUCACAAAAAUAUCUCACAGCUCUCUGAGAAAGUAAAUACACUGUGUUCCAAAUUAUUAUGCAAAUAAUAUUUUCUCAGAUUUUCCAAAAUUACCUAUAUGAAUUGCAGUCAUUGUAAUUUUCCAGUCAUCAACUAUUAGAGUACAAUUGAAAGGUUUUUGAACAAACUGCCAAUGA